GAUCCUGUAUUAAUGUGUUUUUGGUUUCAUUUCAGAAAAAUCACCUCCGUGGUCAGAAGAGGAAUGCAAGAACUUUGAACACGCACUACAGAUGUAUGACAAGAAUUUUCACCUCAUACAGAAACAUAAAGUCACAACACGAACAGUAGCAGAAUGUGUGGCGUUUUACUACAUGUGGAAAAAGUCCGAGCGCUUUGACUUCUUUGUGCAGCAGAAUCGGUUUGGGAAGAAAAAGUACAGCAGCUAUCCUGGCGUAACGGACCUGAUGGACAGGCUAGUGGAUGAAGCAGAGGGACUAGCAGUGGACAGUUCCUCCUCUGUGUGUUCAGGAGCAGGUGGAGGAGGAAGGCUAGAGACCACCACAGACCAACAGCUCAGCCUGCUCAACUCCAUCACUGCCAGCGACCUCACAGCUUUGAGUAACAGUGUAGCCACAGUGUGCAGCCCUGCAGACGUUAAUUGCCUGGACUCCUACAGCUUUCCCCCACUGGAAAGUCUCCAUCGCGGGUCCUUGAACCACGACGAAUCACUUGGGUUCCCUUCUAAUGGCGCCGACCCCGACUGCCUCAACAUGCUCGACGCUGGCUUCUACCACUCUGACCUGGGCCAGCUAGGAGGAGUGUGCGUCAACAAGGACUGCGAGCGGCCCUCCAAGAGACUCAAGAUGGCGCUGCCUGACUCCUUUAUCAAUGACGUGUCUGUGGGUAACCUUGAAGUGGACUUCGAAGCGCGACGGACAGCGACGCACCACCACCGAAUCACCGGCGCCAAAAUGGCAGUGUCCGUCACAGACUUUGGGAGCUUGGCUGGCAACGGCGAGCCCAACGGGUUUCUGGGAGCACAUGCAAGGCACCACACACAGCACACUGCGGCACUUCAGUCAGAGUGAUCUUCCUCGUGUUCUUCCCUUUUGAAACCCCUUAUCCCACUUGUACAUAAGACUGAACUCACUGGAGAAUCUUUGUUUAAAUUCUAUUAUAUAUAUAUAUAUAUAGAUAUAUAUCUAUAUAUAGAUCUAUAUAUCUAGAUAUCUAUCUAUAUAUAGAUAUAUCUAUAUAUAUAUAUAUAGAUAUAUAGAUAUAUAUGUAUAUGAAUAUACUUUUGUUUUCAUUUUUGUGUAAUAUGACAUCAGUGAUGUCUAUCAUAUAGAACUAAAAAUCUUGAUUUCUCUCAAGAGUUUAUAUAGCCAUUUAUUUUAUUUUUGUUUUGCGGUCUUGAGAUGUGAUGUGUAACGUCCAUGUACAGUGGGGCCCAGAGGCUGCAGUAGGAAAGUUGUGUAUUUUCCUCCCUCACAUCUUCAGAGCUACAGUAUGUUUUCUUGCCAUUCUUUCCAGCUGCCAAAGUUGGCUCAGUUUUCUGCCUGUAGUGUUAGUAUUUAGUUGCUCAUCUAUGUUGUUUUUUGAAGUGGUACUUUUUUUUUAAAAUAAGUGUUUGGUUUACAGGUACAUUUUAGUAACCAGGCUAGUGCAAAUUGUUUUUAUUUGUAUGCCCGACAUAAACCUCGCUAGAUACAUUAUAUGAAGAGCAACACUAGCAUUGAGAUUAGCUUGGAGACCUUCCAGUUUGGCUUUCUUUCUGUUUUUCUCCUGUGGAAGGUUGUCUGCAGUUUCUUCUUCUUUACUUUUAAACUGUUCAAAGUUGCCAAACUGGACCAUGUGAAUGUUUGCAAUGUAAAUUUGUCUUUUCACCCAAAUUAUAGUCCCUAAAUUCA